AUGGCCAAAGUAUUCGAUGCUGCCGAAGUCGCGAAGCACAACUCCGCCGAUAGCUGCUGGGUGAUCCUCUACGGAAACGUGUACGAUGUGACCGACUUCCUCUCCUCGCAUCCCGGCGGUUCAAAGGUGAUCCUCCAAUUGGCCGGCCAGGAUGCCACCGAGGAGUUUGAUCCCAUCCACCCGUCGGGCACGCUGGACGAGCUCAAGCCCGAGGCGAAGCUGGGCACGGUCGAUCCCAAGACGCUGGUAGCAAAGAAGCCAGAAGCGCCGGCUCAGAAAGACGACGAUGCUCCGGCACCGCUAGAGACGCUUCUGAACCUCGACGAAAUAGAAGCCGAGGCCACGAAACGAAUUCCCAAGAAAGGAUGGGCCUACUACUACUCUGCCAGCGACGACAUGAUCACAAAAUCCUUUAAUAAUACAGUAUACCGAGACAUCCUACUACGGCCUCGUGUCUUCGUCGACUGUACGCAAUGCGAUCUGUCAACGACUCUUCUCGGCCACAAAGUCGGCCUUCCCAUAUACAUCAGCCCAGCCGCCAUGGCCAGGUUAGCUCACCCAGACGGCGAGCUGGGCAUUGCCAGAGCGGCAGCCAAGUUCGGUGCUCUCCAGCUCGUCUCCAACAACUCCUCAAUGACCCCGGAGGAAAUUGCUGCCGAAGCAAAGCCGGGUCAGAUGUUUGGAUGGCAACUGUAUGUCCAGAACCGCCGCGAAAGGAGCGAGGAGAUGCUGCGACGCAUCCACAAGAUGAGAGACCGAUACAAGACUAUUGUUCUGACGCUCGACGCGGCUGUCCCUGGCAAGCGUGAGAUUGAUGAGAAAUCCAACUUUGACAAAGGACUGGUGGUUGAGCCAGGUGUCAAAGGCGGCACAGAGAAGCGACCCGGCGGCGGCGGUGUCGGUCAGCAGCUCUUCUUCGGCACAGCCAGCGAUUUGACAUGGCAGACGACGCUACCGUGGCUAGCAAAGCAUACAGACCUGCCAAUCGUGCUCAAGGGGGUUCACACGUAUGAGGAUGCUUACCUUGCCGCCAAAUACGCACCACAGGUCAAAGCCAUCAUCCUGUCCAACCACGGUGGGCGAGCUCUUGACACAGCUUCACCUCCCGUUCACGUCUUGCUCGAGAUCAGAAAGUAUUGCCCUGAAGUAUUUGACAAGAUCGAAGUUUGGGUCGACGGUGGAAUCAAGAGGGGUACCGAUGUUGUCAAGGCCCUUUGCCUCGGUGCCAAAGCUGUGGGCAUUGGCCGUGCCGCAUUGUUUGGCCUUGGAGCCGGAGGCGAGGCUGGCGUAGAGCGAACAUUGGAAAGUGAGUUGGUUCCCCAAUCCCCCACAUGGCAAGUGAUGGCGUUUGGUAUAAUCAUUCUUGUGAUGAGCGAGUUGUGCUUAUCAUGA